CAGAUUCAGUAAUUCUCCCACCUUGUCUUCAUCAGGGGACACGUGGCGCUCUCCUAUGUUUUUAGCAACUCAUUUCCUACCUCCCUCCCUCCAUCUUAUUUCUUCUUCUUCUUCGCGGUCUCCUCGCUGUCUUUCGAGUCGACCAUUAUUAACUGCUUUACUUCAACUCGUCCGUCCUCUCUUCCUGCCCAUUCCCCUCGACGCCUUCUUCGAUUCCCCAACGUUCUUCUCAACUGUCAGCGGCUCGAUCCUCCUCCGCCUCUCCUCAUCUAUGUCCACUUCACCUACUCCCACCGCCCCAACUUCUUCUUCUUCUUCUUCUUCUUCUUCUUCUUCUGGAGGAUCGGACGCCCUUUGCAGGACUCGGAUUCUAUCCAGCAAGCUCUACUUCGACGUUCCUCCGAACAAGGUCCCGCUGAUUUACUCGCCUGCAUAUGACAUCGCCUUCUUAGGAAUCGAGAAACUGCACCCUUUUGAUUCUUCAAAGUGGGGUAGGAUAUGCCACUUCCUUAUAUCCGAAGGUAUUGUGGAGAAAAAAUGGAUCAUUGAGCCUCUGGAAGCAUCAAAGGAUGAUCUUCUUGUGGUGCAUUCAGAGUCAUACUUGAAUAGUCUGAAAUGGAGUGGAAAAGUUGCCAUGAUAGUCGAGGUACCUCCAGUGGCAUUGAUACCUAAUUGCCUUGUGCAACAAAAGGUUCUGCAUCCAUUUCGUAAGCAGGUGGGAGGUACUAUUUUGGCAGCUAAGCUUGCAAAGGAGCGAGGAUGGGCCAUCAAUGUAGGAGGAGGAUUUCAUCAUUGUUCUGCUGAAAAGGGCGGUGGAUUUUGUGCUUAUGCAGACAUAUCACUUUGCAUACACUUUGCUUAUAUUCGCUUAAACAUAUCAAGGGUGAUGAUAAUUGAUCUAGAUGCACAUCAAGGGAAUGGGCAUGAGACAGAUUUCGCUAACGACAGACGAGUUUACAUCCUUGACAUGUUCAACCCCCAAAUAUAUCCCCAUGACUAUGAGGCAAGGAGAUAUAUUCAUCAGAAGGUGGAAGUGAAGAUUGGGACCACCACCGAAGUUUACCUGAAGAAACUGGACGAAGCACUUGAGGUUGCUGCUCAUGCAUUUGAUCCUGAAUUGAUAAUUUAUAAUGCUGGUACUGAUAUUCUAGAGGGAGAUCCUCUGGGGUUACUGAAGAUCAGCCCCAGUGGAGUAGCUAGCAGAGAUGAGAAGGUCUUCCUAUUUGCUCGUGAGAGGAAUAUACCAAUUGUCAUGCUUACAUCAGGUGGGUACAUGAAAUCGAGCGCCAGGGUCAUUGCAGACUCGAUAGCUAACCUGUCGAAGAAACACAUUAUAGAAACCGUGAGUUCAUAAUCAAGAUGGUGAAUCCCAAUGAGGUCUUGUGACAUAUGCUGAUCGACUUAAUCCAAUGAGAGUUUUGCAAGGGCUUGCAUCUCCAGAGUCUCAGGUGCGUUGGUUUCAUAGAGUUGAAAGUUGAUCAUACUGUAUAUACAUACCCAAAAAAAAAAAAAAAACUUGUCUCUGUAAUUAAUUACCAUAUGAGCCCACCAGUGAAGUUUUUCGCUCGAGAUAAAAAGAUCUGGCACGGACCAUUGAGAUGUUUACUGAAUCUGUGCUAGUUAUGAAAGGGAAACCAUAUCGGUGUAUUCGCAUGUGGAUGGAACCAAAAUAAAUUUACGCUACAUUUUUGUUGGUUGUGAGAGUAGUGUUUGUAUAAUUAUAUGGUUUGGACUUCAAUUUGCUUC